CUUCGCUGCCGGCAGUGGCGCCACUACUUUAUGUUUUUUUAAUUUAAAUUAAAAAAGAUAACAAUUAUUGAUUAAUUCGAUCUUAAAUCGAUUACUUUCGUGUUCUUAGACGCGGAAUUCGAACGCGGUGGCGCCAUUUUUUGCGGCAAAAAAUUUACAACAAAAAAUAAACAUCGUAUUAUCGACUGUGUCAAUUUAAUUACGACUACGAACAUUACAUUUGUUAAUUUAUUUCAGUGUUGUUUCUUAUUUUAUCGUUUAGUGUCGCCGAAAAGUGCUAUGAAAUAGUGUCUGAAUUUUCAAAAAAAAAAAACAAAAAAUUAGUUCUUAUUUAUUGCUGUGUAACAGAAAUAGAUCAUCGAAAACCGUAAAGUCGAAUUGUUUCCCAUAGAAGAAAAGUUUUAUUAAAUUACGUAAAAAUUACGGGAUCCAUUAAGCCUGUAGCACCACUUGCCAGCAGAUCUGAUUGCAGCCAAGCGCUAGUUUAUAAAUAAGUUAAAAACUAUUUUAAUGAGAAAGAAGAUAGAAAUUCAUAGAGUUGUUUUGAUUGUAGAAAAUAAUCUGGAACGGGACAGUGACUAUUAAGCACUAAUUGAAACUGUGAAUACGAUUGUGUGUUUAUAAUUUGCCAGUGUUUAAACAAUAGGUGCGAACUGCGAACUUCAAGCACGACACACCGCAAAACGGUCGAGUUCAAAUCACCAUGUCACAGAACUGCAAGACCACAUACACGGCGGCGACAACACGCGACGCCAACAACAACACGCUGUACCAUGGCGCCGCGACGCCGGGCUACGGCGGGCGGGGCUACACGCCGCCCAGCGUCAAGAGUAACGGCAACUAUCAGCAAGUGACAGCGAAAGUGUUAUUCGGCAGCGUCACCGCGAUCAAUGACCUCAAGCAGCAGAAGACCGGGCGGGACGAGCGGCGGACGCACUAGCGACCUCUUGUGACAGAUUAUGAUUGUGAUAAGAAGAAAUGAUGGAAGCUAAGGUGUGAUCUCGGAAGACAGAGUUAUAUUAUUCAUAAAAAAUAUAUUUUUUGUAUUAAUUUUUAGAUUUAGUUGAAAUACUCGAAUAUUUUAUGAAAUAAAAUUUAAUAAAUAAUUUUAUAAGUCAA